AUGCUGUUCAACAAGUUGACUGUUGCUCUCGUCGCUGGCCUCGCCGCCGUCGGUGAGGCUGAGCACCACGCUCGUCGUGUCCACCGAGUCCGCAGCAUCCUUCCCAGUGGCUCUCCCCCUCCACUCCCGACUAUCACUAGCACCGUUUUGCCUACUCCUUCAGUCCCUGCUUCUUCGGUACCUGCUUCUUCGGUACCUGCUUCUUCAGUCCCUGCUUCAUCAGUCCCUGCUUCCUCGGGCCUUGCUUCCUCUAGUGCCGCUCCCUCGCGCACUCCCUCGAGCAUCCCGUAUUCUCGCCCUCCUCCCAGCAGCACUGGUAUCCCCAGCCAAGGAGCCGGUGGUGCUAGCUCCAGCGCCACUGAUGAUGUGACCCUCACUUACACUGUGGGCACUGGCACUUCCACCAGCGUUAUCACCACCACUAUCCACCGCACUACUACUGAUGUGCACACCGUGACUGCGACUGAGGGCCCCAAUGCCAAUGGUCACAACCAAGGUGGGGAGCAGACCACCACUCUGCACUCCACCACCACGGAGACUGUUACCUUCGUUGAGGUCCCCACCUCCACCGUCACUGCUGGCAGCGGCGCCGAGGGCAAUUGCAGCCCCGUUACCGUGACCGUCACCGAGACUGUGACUGCCAGCGGCACCACGGUCACCUCUGCUCCCGGCCAGAGCCACCAGCAGGAUGGCAAUGGCCAGGGUGACGACGAGGCUCACAAGCACCAUCACCACCACCACCACCACCACCACCACACGACUACUAACGGCACCCGCCCGUUCCCUUCCUCCUCCCGGGCUCCCUCCGGCUUCGCUACUAGCUCGCUGCCCAUCCCUUCGGGCUCAGCUAGCGUCCUGCCCUUCCCCAGCCACAGCGGUCAGCCCGGUGCUCCCUCUGGCAUCCCCAGCGGCAGCCCAUUCCCUCACAACUUCCGUCGCCGCUACAUCUAA